AUGGAAAGAGCUGGCAAGUCGAUUCUUAAGACUCCGCUGUGUCCAGACCAACAUAAAAACCAUGAAUUCGAUUCCCCAACAUCUGAACAAUGUUGUUGGGGCAGAGAAGAUAUUGUUGAGGAAGCUAAAAAGCAACUAUGGCUAGCUGGGCCCCUUAUUGCAGUUAGUUUGCUUCAAUAUAGCUUACAAAUGAUAUCUAUUAUGUUUGUUGGCCAUCUUGGGAAACUACCACUUUCAGGUGCUUCCUUGGGUAACUCCUUCGCCUCAGUCACUGGUUAUAGUGUUUUGUUAGGAAUGGGGAGUGCAUUGGAGACGCUAUGUGGUCAAGCCUAUGGAGCCAGGCAGUAUCACAUGCUAGGAGUUCACACACAAAGGGCAAUGUUUGUCCUUCUAGUUUUGACCAUUCCCUUAUCUUUAAUUUGGUUUUACACAAGCAACCUUCUCAUAGCAAUGGGCCAAGACCAUGAGAUAUCAACCGAAGCAGGAAUAUUUAAUAGGUGGAUGAUCCCUGGCCUUUUUGCUUAUGGCCUCCUUCAAUGCCUCAACAGAUUUCUACAGACUCAAAACAAUGUUUUUCCAAUGCUGAUAAGCUCUGGAAUCACAACUUCAGUGCAUAUUGUCUUUUGUUGGGUUUUUGUCUUUGAAUACGAAUUAGGAAGCAAAGGAGCGGCCUUGGCAAUCAGCAUGUCCUAUUGGAUUAAUGUGUUCCUGUUGCUCAUUUACAUAAAUUUAGCUACAGCUUGUGCAUCAACUUGGAAUGGGGUUUCCAAAGAGGCCUUGAAUGAUAUUCUCAGCUUUAUAAAGCUUGCAGUUGCUUCAGCAGUUAUGAUAUGUUUCGAAUAUUGGUCCUUUGAGAUGGUUGUUCUUCUCUCAGGUCUUCUGCCAGACCCACAACUAGAGACAUCUGUAUUAUCAAUAAGCCUUAAUACAUGUUGGAUGGUCUAUAUGAUCUCUGUUGGUCUUGGCGGUGCCAUAAGCACUCGUGUGUCAAAUGAACUGGGUGCUGGGAACGCACAAGGUGCACUUUUGGCUCUCCGUGUCAUGAUUGUAAUUGCCAUAUUAGAGGGUACAACAGUAGGAUUGGUUACGAUUUUGGUGAGGAAUGUUUGGGGAAAGCUCUAUAGCAAUGAAGAUGAAGUUAUCAAAUAUGUUGGAAAGAUGAUGCUUCUGCUGGCGCUGUCUGACUUCUUGGAUGGUUUUCAGUGUGUGCUUUCAGGAGCUGCCAGAGGGUGUGGUUGGCAAAAUCUAUGUGCAUUUAUAAACCUUGGUGCUUACUAUGUUGUGGGAAUUCCUUCUGCUAUCCUAUUUGCCUUUGUCUUCCAUAUUGGAGGGAUGGGUCUUUGGAUGGGAAUCAUAUGUGGACUUUCUGUUCAAGGGAUAGCUCUGGUUACAGUAAAUGCAUGUACGGAUUGGGAUAGAGAGGCAAGGAAAGCAGUUCAAGUAACUUAGAAAACUAAAAUAGUUGCAGAACCGUAGAUUGACAAUGUCACAAACAUCAGACAGCCAGCGAAUAAGCGAUGGCCAUGUUUCUGUAAGCCUUUUAGUAAUUUUUAUACAAGGGAUGUGUAUAUGUACAUGUAAAACUCAAAGAAAGGAAGUUGCACUACUAUACAUUUUAAACAC